AGCAUAUCUAAUAUUCAAACUCAUACUUUUGUGUUAUUUCCUCUUUUUACAUCACUUCCUGAACAGUUCUUAAAAAACCUCACAUAUGUGGAAAUGACUUCUCUAUGAAGCUCGCAAGAAUAUUAAACAUCAUAUUUGUCGAGGAAAAAGUUCAACAGGAAAAAGACUCCUUUAAACUUCACUUUUUUGCAACAAAGAUGGCUGCAACUCUGACUUUUCUUCUCAUUAGUUCUCUGCUGCAGGGUGCUCUGUGUAAAGCGUUCAAUGUCAAGAUGCCACAGAAUAUAAAUGUCAUGAGUGGAACCUGUGUGACCAUCCCCUGCUCCUUUGAUGUAGACAGCACAUUUAAAAACAACUUAGAUGAUACAUGUAAAGCAUAUUGGAGUGAUGAACCUUCAUUUAAAAGUGAAAAUGCAAAAGUAAAGCCAACUAAAGACAUGACAGGAGAUCUAACAAAGAAAGACUGCACCACAACUUUCAAUAAUGCAAGUCUUCUUCAAAGAAGUAAAUACUACUUCAGACUGGAGUGUGAUAUUGCACUGAAAUACAGUUUUAAACAAGCUGGUGUAGAUAUUUCAUUAAUAGAUGUUCCUCCCUCUCUGACUCUGACUCCAUCCACACUGGAGGUGAAGGAGGGAACCUCAGUGAGUCUGACGUGCUCUGCUCCAGCUCCAUGUUGGUCUCAUCCUCCAGCUCUGACAUGGACCCCUAACCUGGGUCAGAGUCAGGAGACACUGCAGGAGAAUCAGGACAAAACUAAAGUCAAGACUUCUGUUAUGAAUUUCACUGCUUCUCACCUCCAUCAUGGAAAUAAAAUCUCCUGCACUGCUGUCUACAGGAAACAAGAUGGUAGCCCUGAUGUCACUGCUGAAACAAGUUUAAUUCCUGAUAUUUCAGAUUCACCUAAAAACAUCGCAGUUUCAGUCAGUCCUUCUGGUCCAGUACCAGAGAACAGCAAUGUGAGUCUGACCUGCAGCAGUAAUGCCAACCCAGCAGUGAGGAACUACACCUGGUACAGAGCUGAUGGAGACCAGGAGACGCUUAUUGGCACAGGAACCAGUUUAAACAUUCAAGUCUCCAGAGACAGACGGACAUUUUUCUGUAACGCUGAAAAUAAGAUUGGAGUUGGACGUUCCAGCAGCAUUCAAAUAGAUGUUCAGUGUAAAUAUCACAUUUCACAUCUGCUUUACGUAUCAUCAGUAUAACCCAGCAUCAAAGAUUCAGAUCAUUAGAACUGGAAUAUACAUGCUUGGCUUUUUGAAUAGUCAUCAAAUAAAAAAACAAUGCAUUUUUGCAGAAAAAAGUAUCAGCAUUCCUAAACUGUUGUUUCAAUACACAAAAGUCUUUGCUUGUCUGGUCACAGUGUUGGGCAGUA